AUGGGUGCCCUACGUGUCCUCCCAGUUGAUGUGGUGGAAGAGAUGCUACGGCUCCAGCUUGGGAUUCUGGAGCCUGAUGACCUGAUGGAGCUCAGUUACGACCUCAGUCAGGUCACUUUUCCCUCCAUGAUAGCCAGUAAGGAGCAUGUUGUUACAGCCAAGACUGCCUUCCUGUUUAUCUUACCUCAGUAUAACGUCAGCGUGCCUACAACAGACGGGGAGCUGGUCCAGUAUCACUAUGGGCUGAAGGAUCUGGUCACCAUCCUCUUCUACAUCUUCAUCGCCAUCAUCCUGCAUGCGGUGGUGCAGGAGUAUGCCCUGGACAAAAUCAACAGGCGUCUCCAUCUCUCCAAGGUCAAACACAGCAAGUUCAAUGAAUCAGGUCAGCUGGUUGCCUUCCACCUCACCUCCUUGGUCUGGUGCUUGUACGUCGUGGUGACGGAAGGAUACCUAUCAAACCCCCGGAGCUUGUGGGAGAACUACCCGCAUGUUUAUCUUCCGUUCCAGGUGAAGUUUUUCUACCUGUGCCAGCUGGCCUACUGGCUGCACGCCCUGCCCGAGCUCUACUUCCAAAAAGUUCGCAAGGAGGAGAUUCCUCGCCAGCUGCGGUGCAUCGCGCUCUACCUGGUACACAUCGCCGGCGCGUACCUCCUCAACUUAACUCGCUUGGGGCUGAUCCUCUUGCUGUUGCAGUACUUGGCAGAAUUCUUCUUCCACAUGGCCCGGCUGGUCUACUUCACAGAUGAGAACAACGAGAAGCUGUUUAACGUCUGGGCCGUCGUGUUCGUGGUCACCAGGCUCUUCACCCUCACCUUGUACAUCCUGGUCAUCGGCUUCGGGCUGCCACGGGUGGAGAACCAGGCCCUAGACCCCGAGAGAGGGAACUUCUUCAGCUUUCUCUUCAACAAUAUCCUCUUCAGAAUGAGUGUGCUGCUGUUGGUGUGCCUCUUCCAGGCCUCGGUGAUGUGGCGCUUCAUCCACUUCCAGCUGCGGCGCUGGCGGGAGUACUGGAACGAGCAGAGCAGUCGGAAGCGAGCCGCUGCCGGCGCCAAGCAGCCAGCCAAGCCACUCAAGAGGGACUCGGGUUACCAUGAAAACGGAGUGGUGAAAGCAGAGAAUGGCACCUCGCCACGAACCAAGAAGCUGAAAUCGCCAUAGAAGCAAAGGUUUGUCUCCUGGGGAGGAGGGCAAGAUACCAGGACUACGAAGCAGCCCCUCCUCCUGGUCCUCGCGAGCGUCGCCUUGAACAGCUUGGAAACCUGUCAUCUUCCCAAGGUGUCUCUCGCUCUCCUCCCUUCCUUUCCUGCUCUCUUGAACCAUUUGCAAUAAAACCAAAAAGGUCCCUUUCCCCUGCUCCCUUCCCCUCGUUAGGAGCCUUUUCCAUCCUUCCUGGUUUUGCCUUCCUCCAUUUCAUCGUAAAUCAGCGUGCAAUUUUAUUUUUUUUUUCUUUUCUAUUUUAGGGUUUGGUUAUUUUGGGGUUUAUUGUUACAAAUGCAUCGUAGAUGGUUCCGAACAAUCCUUUUUUUUUUUUUUUUUCCUUCUACAGCAUGUUCCUCCCCUCUCUCCGUGGUACUUCCCUGAGCCCCGGGGUCAGGGCCCACGGUGGCUUGAAGGCACCAUGUGUCUGUUACGGGAACAGGCUCCUGGGGGAAUGCGCUGGGGGUCUGUGACCCCGAGGCUCAGGGGUGCUCUCGGGCGAGGGUGGCCUCUCCUGGGGCACGUUUGGCCAGUGCUUGGCAAGUGCCACAGGAUGGUGAUGCUGCAAAUAGAAACCAGGGUCCGAGUGAGGAACCUCAAGCGUGUCUCGCCUCAUGGUGGACCUCUGGUCAAGAGGGGUUUUUCUGACCCCUGGUUUUGAGCUAAUUUUGGAGAGCUGGGCAGCAGAGAAGGGAGAGAAUUUCCCUUUUCAUAUAGGACUCAUGUCCUAGCCUUUGCUUGCCCCAGCCCUUCUGGUACAGCUGGGUCCUUCUUACCCUCUUGGCUGCGGGAGGUGAGCUGCCCCAUAGUUGUUCUGGACCUCCCAGCCCCAGGAGCGGGGCUUGAGGCUCCACAGCUCUCAGUGCCUUGUUGUGGGGCAGUAGCAUCCUCAGGUCCUCAUGAAACCUUGAGUCCUGCCCCGCUCUGAGCACUGGUCGGCCUCCUGUCAGCCCAGACCCUUUGCCAGCUUGCUUUGUGCCUCGUGGACCUGGUGUUCUCAUGCCUUGUGACCACGUCCAGAUGACAAACUGGCUGCUACAAAGACUUUUGCAUCCAUGGGACUGUCGCCUUAGCCUUCCUCAUCCCUACCCAUACCAGUCCGGCCGUGCCAUCGGCAGCCACCAGCUUCACUCUUUGUUUCCAAAGGAUACAGAGCUUGUAUCCACCCAAGGUGCUAUCAAAUGCAGGGUUUCUUCCAAAAAAAAAAAAAAACCCAGCCCCUUCAUCCCUUUCUGAGCUGUGAAUGAGAUGGCAGGGAAGGGGAAGGAAGCCGGGGGCUGCGAGGAGCAGCUUGUGUAUUAGGAAAAGCCUGACCUGUGACGCGUAGCCGUUGGCAGAUGGAGUUGUCUCAAAUCUACCUCAGAGGCCAUCUGUUGCUGCAGACCACUUUCCCCUCUUGCUCCUGCCCGCUGCCACCUCCACGUGGUGGGGGGAGAUCCGUUGGGAACCCCGGAUCCCACCAGUCCACUCCCUUGCCACCUCUUUGCUGGGGAGCAGCAUCUCCUGCCCAAGGUUCUGUGGGUCAGUGCCAGCUCGCUGAGCUUCUUUGGGGUGCCAUGCACCAGUCUAUAGGUUUGGUGGGCAUCUCUCACCCCACAGCUCUCCUCCGGGGCUGUUUCUCUAGCUGGGCUUUGCUGUUGGUGCCUCUUGUGCAGCAAAGCCUGGCUGUAGCUUUCGUUCUUCGCCGCGGCGGCAGCAGGCGAGCGGUGUUGUCCCUUCUCUGGGCGAGAAGAGGGGGUGCAGAGGGUUAUGGGGAGCUUGGAUGCUCUUGGAUGUGCAAGCCAGGAUUGAGGGCCACCUUCCUUGCAGGUGGUCCUUCAUGUGCCUCCUGUUCAGCCCUGGCUCUCUCCGAGUGCAAUUCUAGCUUGAGGCUGGCGCAGUCGCCCUUCGCAUUGUUCCUGUUUUGAGGAACGGGUGACAGUUGAUUUUUCUGCCCUUCUUUGAGUUGGGUCAGGUGGGUUUUUUUAACUCCUUCCAUAGGUGUCUUUCCUCCCUUCCUCUCUUUGUUGAGCCCCAGCUCACACUGGGCACCCAAAGGAGGAAAAUGCACAGGGACAUGAGGACAGUUGAUCAAAUUCUAUUUGUUCCUCCAUCCCCACGAUCUCCGAGUCCCAAGCAAGAGAUGUCAGCAGGACUCCGGGAGAGGGAUUUCCCCUUUUUCAGGGAAACUGAGGAAGGAGACUUUGGAGCAGAGCCCUUGGUGGUAUCUUCCAUUGCUCCUCAUCACCCUUUUGCUGGGUAAAUAAUACACCUUUUGGCUCAGAGGCAGUGCAAUGUGAUGAGAGGUGGGGGGGGAAAAGAGCUUUACGUUAGGGAGGAUGUGGAAAAGGUCUAGUUUGAGAGGUUUUUUCCUUUCUGCUGCCUUUUCUCAUCCCCAGCCAUCCACUGCCACGUGCCCUCCGAGAGCGACUGCUGGUCGGCAUCUCUCCAGAGCCUCGGCCAGUCCUUUAACGGGUGACACAUACAGUGUCCCCCCCCAAAAAAAACCAACAAAACAACAAAACUGGCUGCUGAAUGAUUCCUCCUCCUGCCUGCUUCGCUUCAGGCAGCUUUUCCACUUGCACAACCCUUGUGCGUCUCCGUAAAGUAGCUAAUUACACUUCGUUAUCCCAAGUGCCUUAUGUUGCCACGUAGUCUCUCAUGUUCUGUGUUCUGUAUCAGUAGCUGAACGCCCUCCCUCUUUACAAGGUAUCUACAACAUAUGCUACAUUUAUAUGGAGUGGGUUUUGUUGCUUUUCUUUUUGAUAGAGUAAAAGGGACAGUUUGUUUUAGAAGCAUUUCCAUGUGUUCUUUGUUUUUUUUAUUUUAACCUAUAGAUGAUGGGGCUUUUUUUUUUUGCCCUCCCCUAUUCUUAGUUCUCAGAAAUCCCCAUCCUUCUCCUGUUGUGCCCAAACGUGGCAGGUUUUUUGAGUUUGUUUUUUUUUUGAGCUGAGCCUUUGCUGCAAGGCAAUAUGCGCUGUCAUCCCAGAGGUCUGCAAUCCACCCUCCCUUGGAGGGGCUGCCACGGGCUGCUUCUGUCUCUGUCUGUUUGUUUCAGCACCAUCCCUUGGCUGCUUCUACUACAUCCGUGUCAUUUCUCAGCAGACCAAGCCUUCUCUUCAGCCCAAAGAGCUUUUUCUUUCCCAAACUUGGGAGUAUUUUCAUAGCAAGCCCUUAGUGGUCGGUCUUUCCUUGACCGCUCUGCGUACAAAGAUGCCGUGAGUCCACUGUCUUUGAGUGGAUGCUCUUCUGAUGCCCCAUCUUGCCAAGCCCAGUGUCUUCUGCCAAAAAGGUCCAACCCUGACUAGGAGCUCUUGUCUACCACAGUGCAGUAAGCGUUAGAGAGACUCUGUAAGUCUUUACUUUCACUGUAACGCUGUUUCUUGCACCCUUCCUGUGGCCUUGAGGCUGCUUUUGUAGUCUGUGUCCAUUAUCCAACCUAAGAAGGUUGGGGAUUGAGCAGUCUGUGAUUUUUUGGUGUGAAACCUAGGGGUUUCCUGCCCUAGCUUAGAAGAGCUGUGAAAUACCAGCAGUAGUUCUCUCUUUUCGUCUUAGAUAGUUGGGCAACGGGCUUGGGAAGAGAAAGGGGCAGAGGAAGAGCAGAUGUAGCAUUUCACAUAUAAUUUUUGAGUGACUCUCAUGUUAUGGGGCAUUAUUACAGUUGCGGUUGUUUGUUUGUUUGGGAUUUUUUUGUUUGUUUGUUUAGGAUUCUUUCUUCUUGCUCAUGGUGUUUGGGUUAGCAGUCAAGAAGAAAAGUUCCAGUUCCCCCGUAGGUCCCCUUUACCUUGAAUUCACCAUUUAAAAAUGUAUUUUUGGUGGGCUUCCUAGUUGGAGGGAAGAACUUCUACUCUAGGAUGCCUCCAAGUGAGUCUCGAAGCCUGUAGAUCCUUUGAUGCAGCACGUGGGGCUUCACAGCAGCCUCUGCCUCUUGCCUUAGAUGAAGGAUUGGGAGACGGAGCCCGACUCGCGUCAGCAGGAGAUGGAGAUGGUGGGGUUGGAUUUACAGCCUUCUGGGAAGCUUCACGAGUGUGUAAUAGAGGGUUUGGCAGGAUUUAAACCGUGAAGUCAUGUUCCUUCGCCCUGGGGCUGCGUGUGGGGUUUUGCUGGCAGCGGGGAAGAGCGGCUGCUGUCGAAGCCAGGCAGAGGCCACGUAGUUUUUCUUCGAAGAGAGUUGAACUCGAUGGACCAAACUUCAGCAAAGGAACUUGAGGAAAAUUUAUGUUCUUCCAUAUUUAUACUCUAGUGCAAAUUUCCUAAUUUGGGAAGGA